AUGAAUUGGUUAUUUGAAAUUGUGGUAAUAGUGGCCACCGUCACAAUACUCCCCACAAAUGGAGAAUUUUACUCAUCGGUUUAUAAAAUGUCUCAAGUGAUGGAUUUUGAAUUGAAAAUGUUGAAAAAUAUGCAAAAAUUUAUUGGAAAAAAUCAAAAUAAAUUAGAUUAUCUAAAAGAACGUUUGGCCGAAUAUGAACGUGAACAUAAUGAAGCGAUGGAAACGGGUACCUCAUACUUUGAGAAUCCCGUUAACAAAUAUUUACUUACCAAACGUUUGACAACAGAUUGGGAUCGCCUGGAAAAUAUUUUGCAAUACAAAGAAGGUCACAAAACCCUUAAAAAAAUUAAAAAUACAAUGGUUAAUGAAACGGAAUUGGAUGGAGCUUUAGAAGGUGUUCUCAGACUCCAAGAUAUCUAUCGUCUUAAUACGUCCGACAUUGCGAGCGGUCUAUUUCAAGGUGUUCAGCAUGACGUCCAUUUUAAAGCUCGUCAUUGUUUUGAUAUGGGUAAGAGAGCAAUGGAAACCGAAUAUACGAAAUUGGGAUAUUUUUGGUUAAAGGAGGCACUGAAGAGAUCCACAGAUGAUGAAAGUGUUGAUAAGCUUGAUAUUGAAUUGGCAAUAGCUGAUGUUAAAUUUCGAUUGGGUGAUAUACAGGGUGCCAAUGAAACCUAUGCCGAGUUAUCAAGUCGUUAUCCUGAGAGUGAAAAAGUGGCAAAAUUAUUUGCCGAAUUUGGAGAGAAAUCGGUUGAUAAACAACAAUUUGCUGUGGAUUACAGUAUGGAGCACUUACCCCCACCUGCAGAUAUAUUCUCAGCUAGCCAUGCCGAUUUAUUCAAACUCACAUGUGCUGGUCUGAUUAAGAAAACCCCAGCAGAGGAACGAGAAUUACAAUGCGGCUAUUUAGUUGAAACUCAUCCCUUUCUCUGGUUGGCUCCAAUUAAAGUUGAGGAGUUGCAUCACGAUCCGUUGAUGGUCAUAUUUCACGAUGUUCUCUCCGACAAUGAAAUUGAAACCUUAAAAGAAAUGAAUCAACAAAUUCAACGGGCCACGGUAAUGAGUAAAAAUGGUUCGGUUGUUUCCAAUGUUCGCACUAGCCAAUUUCAAUUUAUACCCGCAACAAAACAUCCACUUUUGGCCAAAAUCGAUCAGCGUGUUGAAGAUAUGACCAAUUUAAAUAUGCGAUAUGCGGAAGAUCAUCAAUUUGCCAAUUAUGGUAUUGGAGGACAUUAUAGUGAACAUUUUGAUUAUUUCAACAUCAAGGGAGUUGAUCUAUCCAAUAUUGUGAAUUUCGAUACGAUGGGAAAUCGUAUUGCUACGGUUCUAUUCUAUUUAAGUGACGUAGAACAAGGUGGUGGCACAGCCUAUCCUUUUAUGAAACAAUUGGUAAUGCCUAAAAAAGGUGCCGCUGCUUUUUGGUAUAAUUUACACGCUUCGGGUGAACCCGAUUGGAGAAGUCUCCAUGGCGCCUGUCCCAUCAUUGUUGGUUCCAAAUGGGUACAAAAUCGUUGGAUAAGAGAACACGAUCAAAGUGACAGGAGACCUUGUUACUUAUUUAACGAUGCAAUUGAAGAAUUGUAG